AGCAUAUCUGAGCCUGUGUUUCGCAGAACCGCUUUCUGCGAGUAACACAAGGACUGGCCGCAUCGCGGUUGCAAUUUGAGUCUGAGCUGCAUAUACACCCUCCAGCUUACCCACCGCUUAUCAGAUUAUCGAGGAACUCAAAUAUGGAAGAUCCUAGCGACUACCUUGUCCCUCUCAUGACAAAGGCACUGUCCUAUGGACUUAGGGUAUCAAGGGUCUCCGACCAUUCAUAUUAUAUUCUCACUGUGAAAUUUGCCUAUUUCUUUCUUCGCCUAGAACUUAUAUGCAUUUACUGGUCAAUUCGAACCCACUAUAAGCGACUCGUUACGCACUAUGUUUACAGAGACAAGUCUGCAAUCUGUCGAGCUCUUUUUUUCUUCCCAUGUCGGCAAGAUUAGCGUGAGUCUAUAUUAUAUAGGAUAUUAUAUA